UUGUUUUUUUAUGCAACAACACUUUGAAAUUGUCAUGUAAAUUGUUUUAUCGCCAAUUAUUUGUGUUUUUUAAUUUGUUUUUACCUGUUUAUUAGUUAAUUUGAAUUACAAUCUAUCCAAUUUUAAUGUAACAUCCAUCGAAAAUUGUUAUAACUAGCAUUUAUCACCAUAUUAAGUGACCAUUUGGUUGGAAGUUUGUGCAUCGCAUUUAUUCAAAGCAAAUUCACAGCCAACAUUAAUCAAGCCAUACUUUCGUCUUCAACACUAUUACCGUUUUCCUCAAUUUUUUAUUUUAUUUAACCCAAAUUUCAAUUAAUAAUCAGCAAAUAUGUCCAAUGAAGAUCCAUUUUUCAUGGUCAAAGAAGAGGUGCUUAAUGCGCUUAAUAAGUCUAGAAGUUUAUACCAAUGUUGGAAAGAACAGAAGAAUGAUCCUACAAAUUGCUCCAAGGAAGAUCCAAACUGGGUUUUAACUGAGUUAAAAAACAAAUUACGCUCAAUUGAUUGGGAUCUUGAAGAUUUAGAAGAGGCCUUGGGUAUUGUUGAAAAUAAUUUAAAAAAGUUUAAACUGGAUGCAAAAGAGAUCGCCAGUAGACGUGCCUUUAUCGAGGAAACCCGGGAAGAAGUUAAAGCAAUGAAGGAUGACAUUAAUGAAAACAAAAACGGAAGCAAAGACGCAGUUAAAGCCAUGGCAGCUCUCCUCAAUCCUAACCUUAAUCUGAGUAACACGGCACCCGGCGAUGGUGGUACUAGAUACACAAGGUUGCAGAAUGAAAUAGAAAGUCCAACCCGGAAAGUAUACAAUCAAACCGAAAUUCCGAUUGAAGAAAGCCAACCAUUAAGUCAUCAACUUCAACAAGAACAUGGUAACAUGGUUAUCAAUGAAUUAGCUUCCAACAGAAUAGAGAACGCAAAUGAACAAGCAGUGAUGUUGGAUGAAUUUGGACAAGAUGUCGAUCUUAGGGGUCCAAGAUUUGACACUGCAUUUAAAAAAGUUGCCAAAGUUUUCCAUUUUACAGAGGGAAAGAAACGGGUUACCUUCGCAACCGCUGUUGUUGCAUUUAUUGUCCUGGUUGUUUUCCUUUGGCUCUGAAGUUGAAUUAUAUUUAUUAUGCCCAGUCGAGUAUUCAUGUUCGUAGCAUUUUGAGCUAUCAUGUCACAUCAUUUUAAACUGAAAGAGCACAAAUUUUCCUCUUCCUACUGAGCUCUUUUUUACAAUCUACUUUUUUCCUCUGCAUCUUCAGAAAAAAAAACAUCACAACAUGGUUAUCAUUCGUUAGCCGUUCAAUAUUGAAAGCAAUUAUUAAAUUCCGUUCCAAUCUAA